AUGGUCGUCGUUUUUAAACAAGAAUACGAAAAUCAAAGCAUGAGCAAUGAAUAUAGUUACUCUCGUGGAAGACCUCCUGCAGAAUCUAUUUCUCGAAUUGCUGAUUGGGACAUUAACGAUUCGAUUAUUCCAAGGGUGAGUAACUUCAACUUAUGGGAAGAAUGGGCCGAUGGGCAUUGUCGCUUGGUAUACCCACCCAAUUGCGAAGAAGCAAAGCGACACGCUUCUGGAUGGGCAAUGAGAAACACCAACAACCACAAUGUGCACAUAUUAAAGAAAUCGUGCCUGGGUGUUCUACUAUGCUCGAGAAGGUGUGUUCUUCCUUCGGGAGACACUGUUCACCUAAGACCAGCUAUAUGCGACAAGGCUCGAAAAAAGCAACAAGGUAAACCGUGCCCAAAUAGACAGUGCCACGGUCACUUAGAAAUAAUGCCCUGUAGAGGACACUGUGGUUACCCUGUCACACAUUUUUGGAGGCAUACAGAGUAUGCAAUAUUUUUUCAAGCCAAGGGUGUACACGACCACCUGAGACCUGAAGCCAAGUCUACUUCAGAAGCACGAAGAAGCUUUGGCACCAGCCGCAAAAUACGAAACUUCGGCAUGCUCCUAUCGCGUGAUGGUCCUUUCAAUAAUAAAGUAAGAUUGUAUUACAUAUUGCAAUUUAGAAUUAAAAAUAUUUAA